CCCCGACAACACAACGUGUAAUUACCACCAUAAUGUUGGAACUUCUACGACCGUCACUCUGUACAUACAUGAAUAAAACAUCCACUCUGCUUGCACUGUCCCGCAACAGUUUCGGACUGAAUGUACCAUUUCCAGUGGCCAGUUAUUCAUCCAAACCCCAAUCAACUGAUACAAAAGAUGCUGCAACAAAUCCUGGAGACGUACAUUUCAAGAUAUCGUCGGGAAAUCAUCCACUUGGCAACGAAAAUGUAAAGAAAAUUCGAAGAAAUGUUUGGGAUAAUCCUAUUCCGCACACAAUUUACAAUGAAAGCGAUCUGAAAGUCGAAAAAACGCAUCAUCAACCAAAGAAAAUGCAUGAGCAUCUGGCUUCUUUUGCUGUUAAAUGUAUGAGAGGCGGAUUUGACCUUGCGUCCAGAUAUAAAGGACCUGGUGGAGAUAUGACUAAAAGGGAUUGGAUAAACCGGUGCUUAUUCCUCGAGACCGUUGCUGGUGUACCUGGCAUGGUAGCUGGAAUGGCCCGUCAUUUGAAGUCAUUGCGAUCGAUGAACAGAGACUAUGGUUGGAUACACACACUACUGGAAGAGGCAGAAAAUGAACGGAUGCACCUACUCAUCUUCAUGAAAAUGAAAGAUCCCGGUUUAAUGUUUCGGCUGAUGGUGAUUGGAGCGCAGGGAGUGUUUUUCAACGCAUUUUUCCUGACCUAUUUGAUAACUCCGAAAACGUGCCAUCGCUUCGUUGGUUAUUUAGAAGAAGAAGCAGUGAAAACGUAUACGGGUCUUUUGGACGAUAUGAAUGGGCCGGAACAUUUGAAGAGAUGGGGCGAUGAAGCAGCUCCACAUAUUGCUGUAAAUUACUACAAAUUGGAUGCUGACGCGACCGUACGUGACGUAGUUAAGUGCAUUCGAGCGGACGAGGCGCAUCACCGAGACGUGAAUCAUGCCUUUGCUGCUCUGGAUCCAGACUUGGACCCAAAUCCGUUCCUUUUGAAGAAAUUGAAUGAAAAGAAAAAACCCUAAAUGGGCUGGACAAUGUGAUAUGAUUAAUUUUAAAUUAAAAGCAUUAGGUGUAAGGAAUCGAGUAAGUUUUGCGAAAGCGACCGAAUGCAGCUCGGAUAAAUUCAUUAAAUUAUUUCAUGUUCAAAUCACUAAGUGUUAAUUAGAAGACAGGAAAUCAAAAUAGAAAGAAUUUAAAUAAUUGUAAAA